AUGCCUGGCUAUACUCUCCAAGAUGAUUACAUGACCGACUUUUACGGGGCCUUUGACUUCUUCACUGAUGCCGAUCCGACAGAGGGCUUCGUCAAGUACGUUGACGAGGCUACGGCGAGGCAGACGAACCUCAUCAACUCGUCUUCUUCAGCGAUUUCCUGGGGCGUGGACACACAGAACCAGACCCCUGAGGGAAGGCCCAGUGUCCGUAUCCAGAGCAAGAAGACCUACGACAGUGGGCUGAUUGUGCUGGAUGUUGCCCAUAUGCCAUUCGGCUGUGGUACAUGGCCAGCGUUCUGGACGACUGGCCCCAACUGGCCAAAGAAUGGCGAGAUCGACAUCAUCGAAGGCGUGAACGACCAGACGAACAACGGCAUGACCCUCCACACUGGCCCCGGCUGCCAGAUUGGUGAAGACACCACCCAGUUCGCUGGCUCAGUGACCACAGGAAAUUGUGAUGUUGCUGCCGAGGAUCAGUCGAAGAACGCCGGAUGCUCCAUCGAACACCCAUCGACCAAGAGCUACGGUGCAGGCUUGAACGAGGGUGGUGGCGGUGUCUACGCGACACAAUGGACCGCCGAUGCCAUCAGCGUUUACUUCUUUCCUCGCGACUCCAUCCCGGAAGACGUCCUCGGUGACAGCCCAGACCCAAGCGGCUGGGGCAAGCCAGCUGCCAAGUUCGCCGGCGCCUGCGACAUCGAGAGCACAUUCAAGCAGCAGCAGAUUGUAUUCGACACUACAUUCUGUGGACAAUGGGCGGGCAGCAGCAGUGUUUGGAACAAGAGCUCCUGCAGCAAGAAGGCAGACACAUGCGAAGAAUGGGUAAAGAACAACCCCGAGGCUUUCACAGAGGCAUACUGGACGAUCAACUCCCUGAAGGUGUACCAAGAUAAUGGUUACGCCGCUGUGCCUCAGCCCUCUUCGGUGCCUGAGCAGAGCAGUGCUGCUUAUGGUGUACCUGUCCCGUCAGAGACACCUGCUGUGCCUGUCCCGUCAGAGAUACCUGCUGUGUCGUCUGGCAUUCCUGAGCCAUCCGAAUACCCUGCAGUUCCUCCGCUCAUCACCGCCUCUGUAUCCGGCAUCUUCGCACCAAUCCCGACGAGCGAGACCCUGUCCUCCAACGCCCCAGUCGCAUCACCUCCUGCCGACGAUGCCUCACCCAGCGUACCCGCCGAGACCCCAAGCCCCAUCGCCGCACCAACCACGCAGAUCAAUGCUCCGGCUCCAGCUCCAGCUCCGACCGGCCCCAUGUCUGGUUUCCAAUGGCCCUCUGGUGGCGCAGGUAGCGGCAACAAACCUAAGCCAUCGACGACACCCUCUGCCUCGCUUCCUGAGGGCACUAGCACGGCAGUUCAAAACUCGAGUGGCGCUGCCGCCGCUCCCAGCACAGCGCAAAGCGUCGCUCAACCUUCCGAUGUACCGGCCGCAUCCCAGUCAUACGCUGCGCCUGGAGUACCUGCUCCAGCGCCCACUGUAUCUCAAGCACCUGCUGCUCCGGCGGUGCCAGCCCCAGCGCCCACCAAUGUUGAAAAGGCACCUCCAGCCGACCCGGCUGUUCCCGUCGUCACAGACACUGUCGAAGCUAUUCGCACAGUAGUUCAGACGAUCUAUCAUACUGUCACCGCUCCCGCUCCCGCCCCUGCGGCACCAACGCCCGCUCCUCCUGCUGCUCCGCCUGCCGCAAAGGGACGCAUGGCAAGACACAUUAGGGAGCAUAGGCAGAGGCUCACAAGGCACCACGCCAGACACUGA